UCAAACAAUCGGGUUAAGGAAGGAUUCGGAUUAUCCAAUUCGUGGAUCAGAAUCACACUUGACCGUUACCCGCCUCGAACGACGGCGACGAAAGAGGACAGAGACUCCUCGUCUCUUCGACGGAGAUAAUUUAACUCAGGAUCGAUCGCCUCGUUCGUUCCGUUGAUCGUAUUCUCAAAGUCGACUCGCGUCUACUCUAAUUCGCCAACGGUGCCUCUCGGCUGAAUCUAGGAAUCAAGUGACAAGUCAACAACUUUCCUGAAUAACUACCGUAAUGGUCAGCUUAAGUACUCUUAAUAUGUCACAGAGUUAUAUUACAAACCUUGGUCAGGUCUAGACUUUGCAAAGCUUUGGAUUCUCUGAUUCCGUGUCCGUGUUAUGGACGCUCCUCCCAAUCCCAAGCGACCUUGCCAUGACCCUUCUUCGGUCAAAGAUCCCAGCUCCCUCCAUCUCGCUCCAGGUUUCAACCAAAGCAACGUGGAUACGACCAUCUCCUCUUUCCUCUCCUUGUCGGACUUGCCUCUGUUCUCCUCCUCCCCACUCUCCAUCGCCUGCUCUUUCGAUCGAGUGCUGGAUAAAGUCAUUGAUGCCUCCGAUCAUGAUCGUUUCCUGGAUCGUACUCUCCAACUCGCGUCGCUUCUUCACAGCUCCACCAAGCGUUGCAUAAGGAAACGCGCCACCCUCCACAACUCUAUAUCCUGGCCUCUCCUCCCUGAGCUAACCACCAAGGUGUUUUCAAUGCUUGAUACCAAGUCUCUAAUGCAAGCUUCCGUAUGCUGCACAAUGUUCAACAAGUGUGCCAUGGACCGUGUGUGUUACUCCCACAUCGACCUCACAAUGGCUGCCAAAAAUGUUGAUAAUGGUGUUGUGUGUAUUAUGAUCCAUCGGGCUGGAAAAGAACUCAGAUCCCUCAAGCUUGGUUCUAUCUCUUCCAGAUCAACGUUUUUGCUUACGAGAUCUUGUCUUGCUCCACUCUCUUUUAAUCACGGUUUUGCUGGGGGUCUCUUGAGAAGCCUACACCUUUACAAUCUGACACUCACGCCUGGAAAGUCCUUAUGUGCUGUGUUGUCACUCUGUCCAAAUCUCACUGAUUUGAAGGUUAUUGGAUUUAUAUCAGGUACUGACAAGGUAAAUUCAGUAGAGCAUCUAGCGCCAAUCACUACGAAUUGUCGCUUGAUAGAGCAUUUGUUCUUAGAGAACUGUGGUGCAGCAGGACCCCCAUCAAGUUCAUCCGUGGUUGAGUUUGUGGAUAAUUGCCCCAACUUGAGCUCGCUAACACUCUUUCAAUUUGGGGUAAACGACGCAAUGACCCGAACUAUUAUUAUGGGUUUUCGUCAACUGAAGUACAUAAACCUGUCUGGAACUUAUGGAAUUAGUGGUUCCUUUUUGAGGGAUUUGGGACUUAGCUGCAAAGACAGUCCACUCGAGACUCUAUCGUUGCGCGACUGCUAUUAUCUAAAAGAGAGAGAAGUGUUGCUAUUUUUGAAUUCAAUACUUGCGGGAGACUUCAAAUCAAUUCGGUACAUUGACAUAUCAAGCAAACACGGUUUAGUGUCUGAUGCUGGGAUUGCAACUUUUGAACCAAAAUUUCCUAUUGAGGAGCUGAAGAAACAAAAACCAGGUGUCACAUUUGUCGCAAUUUUUCCAGCACCAUCAUCAUCCUCGUCGUCAAGCUCGGAAUUAUAUUCAGACAGUACAUCUUCUUCCGGGAGUUCUUAUUACAGCUACGGGGAGGAUGAGGAGGAGUACGACGACUCGGGGUAAUGUUAACUUUUUUCUUAACUUUUUGUACAUAAAAGGCUGUUAUUUGACAUGAUGUUUCACUCAUAUUGGAGUUUCUUUGCAUUUUACUUUUUUUUUGUAAUCAUGUCGUUACUAAACCAAUCGUAUUUUCUGAAGCAUUUGGUUGUAAUGUUUUUAAACCACAUCCAAAGUGAAUGUAGUUCAAUUUCCUA